AUGAGGUUGGAUUCAGCUGUUUUUCAACUCACACCUACUAGAACAAGGUUUGACUUGGUUAUAACUGUGAAUGGAAAGAAGGAGAAAAUUGCCUCUGGUUUGCUCAAUCCAUUUCUUUCUCACUUGAAAGCUGCUCAGGAUCAAAUGGACAAGGGUGGUUAUUCAAUUGUUCUUGAGCCUGAUGAUGGAAGUGAUUCCACAUGGUUUACCAAAGGAACUCUUGAAAGGUUUGUUCGCUUUGUUAACACUCCUGAGAUAUUGGAACGCGUGUAUACUACAGAAUCUGAAAUCUUACAAAUCGAAGAGGCAAUUGCAAUUCAAGGAAAUAGCUCGAUAGGGAUUAGCUCUGCGGAAGAAAACCAAGCAAAACAUGCAGAAAACACUGAAGGCAGGAAGACUCAACAUGAUACUAACGAGGAGAAAGCGAUUGUACUUUACAAGCCUGAUGCACAUCUACCUGAAGUAAAUGGAAAUGCCACAUCAGAAGGAAACUCAAAAGUUCAGCUUUUGAAAGUCCUAGAGACGCGGAAAUCAGUGCUGCAGAAAGAGCAAGGCAUGGCAUUUGCACGUGCUGUUGCUGCUGGUUUUGAGAUUGAUUAUAUACCUGCUUUGAUGUCAUUUGCCGAAUGCUUUGGAGCAUCUCGAUUGAUGGAGGCAUCUGCAAAAUUUAGAGAUCUUUGGAAAAGAAAACAUGAAAAUGGACAAUGGCUUGAAAUUGAAGCUGCUGAAAUGUUGUCCAAUCGCUCAGAAUUCUCUGCAUUAAAUGGUUCGGGCAUUAUACUUCCCAAUUCGCCCUUUGCAUCCCAUGCUGACUCAGAGAACAAUGGGAAAUCAAGUUCAGAUGUGCCUCCAAUGGACAGUCAAGGCCACCAAGAUAAUAUGCAUGGUCAAUUUCCGCAUCACAUGUUCCCUCCUUGGCCUAUUCAUUCUCCACCAGGUGCUGUACCAGUCUAUCAGCCAUAUCCAGUGCAAGGAAUACCCUACUAUCAAACAUAUCAUGGAAACAGUCCAUAUAUGCAGCAAAAUUAUUCGCCUAUGGAGGAUCCUAGACUAGCUGCUGCUCAAAAUAUGGGUUUCAGAAGGCAUUCCAUGGAUAGUAGACAUAGCAAUACUGAAUCAGAAGCAUUUGCUGUAGAAGCUUCAAAAUCAAGGUUGCAGGAUGAAGUGGAUGUGGAGAGGGAAGGUUCACAGACAGGAGAUCGACGGAAGAAGGGUAGCCGAUCGGGUAGACAGAAAUCUGGCAUGGUGGUUAUUAGGAAUAUCAAUUACAUAACAAAGACAGAAAACUCUUCUGGCAGUGGAUCGUAUUCAGAUUCUGCCUCUGAAACUGAUGAAGAUAUUGAUAAUCAGGAGCAUGUGAAGACUUCAAAAAGAAGGGGAUCCAGAAAAGAAUUUUUGAAGAAGUUGAAUUCAUCUGAUAAGGAAGAAACGGACUAUGUAAAGGAUGCAGAUGGAGGACACUGGCAAGCUUUCCAAAAUUGCUUACUCAGAGAUGUUGAUGAAGAUAGGCACGCCAUUGACCAUGACCAAUUUGGUAUGGAAAAGGUGGAUGAUAGGAGAAGAAAAAAUCAUGUUUCAGUCAAUGAUCCUUUAGUUUUGAAUGGGCGGGAAAUGCAUGAAGUUCAAGGCAGUCGCUCAAUAGAUGAUGCACAAUCUUUAGAAGCAAAUGGAAGAAGCGGUGGUUACAGGAGAGGUGCUAGUGAUGAUUUCAUUGUUUCCAAACAAGAAAAUCAGUCCGGUAAUUCAUAUCUUUCCUCUGGUCUGGAAAUUACCGGCAGUGGACUUGGUUAUUCAAACGAUAAUUUGCAAAGAAAGUUGUUUCACGAUAUGAAUGAUGAUUCCUACAUGUUGGAGCAUAGAUCAAUCCAAGUCAAUGAUGCAGGAAAUGUUGAGAGAAACAUGAUUGAUAUAGAUUCUGAGUUCCCGAUGGUGAGUCAAAAGAAAGAAAAACCUGUAAAUGGGAUCGACAGUUCGAAUUAUCAACUAGAUGUAUUAAGCAUGAUGCCUGAACGAGGAGCUGAAGGGGGGUCAAAGAGUUACGACCCUGCUUUAGACUAUGAAAUGCAGGCCCAAUCUGGUGGUGCUUUACAAAAUAAAAACAAAGAGGUAUUGGCCGAUGCUAAACCAGGAUCUAAGAGGCCGGAUAAGGAGCCAAAAUCGAAAACUACUCCAAAUAGUUCUGAUAAAAGAAAGAGUGUCGGACCAAUAAGGAGAGGGAAGCCUUCUAAACUUAGUCCUUUGGAAGAAGCACGAGCACGUGCCGAGAGUUUACGAAACUACAAAGCUGAUCUCCAGAAAAUGAAGAAAGAGAAGGAAGAGGAAGCAAUUAAACGCAUAGAAACUUUAAAGAUGGAAAGACAAAAGAGAAUCGCUGCCAAGAGUAGCUCAGUCACUUCACAGUCACCAGCGGCAUCUCAUGUUACAAAGAAACAAGUUCCUACAAAACUUUCACCAAGCUCUCAUAAAGGCUCAAAAUUUAGUGAUUCAGAACCAGGGCCAUCCUCACCCCUUCAAAGAUUCCCCACCAAAACUGCUUCUGUUGGUUCGGCUGAUUCUUUGAAAACCUCAAAAACCAGCAGGUUGAGUAGUAGAAGCCACUUGAAUGAUAACAAAUUAAGCCAAUCAGUGUCUUCUUUGCCUGAACCUAAGCUAGAGAAAGGUGAUGGUGAAACAAAUACUAAGGCAUCGAUGGCACGGAUUAGAAGAUUGUCAGAACCUAAAAUGAGUUCCAUUCCUCAGACUUCUUCGGUUAAACCACGUAGUACAGGAACAAUAUCAAAAACUAAAGCAUCUGAUGUACCGGAGAGCAAAAAGAUCUCGGCCAUUGUGAAUCAUGAUAAAAGCAAGAUAGCAGCUCUUCCAGAACUGAAGGUUAGAACAUCUAAAGCAAGUGGAACUGUCCAAAAUGUAUCAUCAGUGAAAGUAAAGACACAGAAGUUGAAUGAUAACAAAUCUUCAACGAAUUCAGAAGGUACCAAUAGCAUGCUAAAGAAAAAGGAAACGGGAAUUUCGUCCAUUGAUGAUGGAGAUGACAAUCCUGUAAUUGAGAAAACUGUUGUGAUGCUUGAGCAUGAGAAACCUUAUGUGCCUUCUAUUUAUGCCCCUGUGAAAGAAUAUGAUAGUGAUAACGUGAAAGAGAAAACUGAGACAACAUCCAAUUAUGUUGCCAUUCGUGCUCCUGUUUCACCAUUAAGCAUGGACACAAUAGAUAAAGAAACCUCAGAGAUCCAAUCACAUCUGCAACCCAUAUAUACUGAGGUCAAAAUAGAUAAUACAGAAAAAGAGCCUUCAAAAUCAUCCAGCAUUAGUAUUGCUGAGGAAGCAUAUCGUGCCCCAUAUGCUCGAGUUUCUUCUAUGGAAGAUCCCAGUACAAGAAAUAGCGAGUAUGGCAAAGCAGCUCCCACAAGUUCAGAAACUGCCGCAAUGGACGCAGACACUGGUAAAGCACGUGUGUCUGACAUCAGGAACUCAACACUUGAAAAGAUUCCUGAAGCAACCGAGAAGCCUCAUGUAAAGGAAUCAGCUAAAGGGUUCAGACGACUGCUGAAGUUUGGGAAAAAGAGUCAUAGCCCAACAACGCGCAACAUGGAAUCAGAUAAUGUCAGUGUCGAUGGCUCUGAGGCAGAUGAGAUUGGAACAAACAGUUCCUCUAAUGAAGUUAAUACUUUAAAGAAUUUGAUCUCUCAAGAUGAAACUCCCACUGCCAGCACAACUCAACAAAAGUCUUCUCGCUCGUUUUCGCUGUUAUCACCAUUUCGAAAGAAUAGUGAAAAAAAGAUACAGAUGGCUUGA